AUACAGGUGGUGUCGAGAACGGAGAGGAAGUGAUUAUUACGUUUAAAACUUCCUUUACUAGAUAUUUCUGUUGACUGUUCAUAAAUAAAGUUGUCAGCUCACAGCCAGUUCAUUCCAUUUUGAAACUCGAGCUGAGCUGAGCAGACGAAGGGAAACGCUAAAUCCAGUAAAUUGUUCAAGAAAUGACAACAGCAGAUGAAGAAAUGGAAAUUAACAAGUCAAACAAUGCAAGAGGUAAACCUCGAUAUAAAAACAUUAUUCAUUUGUGGGAGUUUCUGCUGGAACUCCUGGCUAAUGAGAACUUUUGUGCCAUUAUAAGCUGGAGUAGAAGAGAGCAAAAUGAGUUCAAGUUAAAAAAACCCAAAGAAGUUGCUAGGCGAUGGGGGAUUCUGAGACGAAAGAAGGGGAUGACCUAUGAGAAACUUAGCCGAUCAUUACGAUUUUAUUAUGGUCAAGGAAUUAUUCAAAAGGUUCCUGGCCAAACCUUCACAUACAGGUUUGACAAGCUACCUUACAAAUAUGAGCCAGGAAUUACAAGAUCUCUUCGUCAUGAGCACAAGAUGGCUGCAAGCCUCCAUGAACAAGAGGAAAUUACUCCUGAUCAAACUACAACUCAGAUAAAACCCAGUUCACCAUCUGUCUCUGAACAGACAUCAUUUCUCCCCACUUGUAGCCCCGGAGAGGAUUCCUGGUCACUCGUACCCAAGCCUGCGCUGCCAGUUCGGAUGUGUCCUCAGCUGACAUCCCAGCUUGUAAACUUGUCCAGUAUAACAUUACCGACGUCUGUUCAGCCUGCACCUGUUAAACCUGUUUUGAAAACAGGCUUACAUGAGUCUUCUGCUAAGUCUAUUCCUGUGUCUGUAAUUAAAAGAGUACAAACUGACCCAAACGAUAUCUGUUUCAACGCCACUAUAACUAAUAGUUCAGUUUGUAUUGCAGUCGAACCUCCACCAAACAUAACUCUCUACAAUACCCACAAUAUUGAUAAUUGAAAAAAUAGUUGUUAUCAUUCGAUCACAAAGUCAUGUGUCGUCUAUUAUUUAUCAAACUCCUUCUUAUAAAAAGGUUUGCUAAUCACUGUCCAUUUGUAAAAAUAAAAUAAAUAAAUCACCUUUUCAAGUGUUAAAGCUUUUAGCACUACUUUGCUAAUUGGGGGACACUGAAACAAUCAAACAAAUAUUGUAAAUUAAACAGAAACUUGUUAAAACUCUCAACUGGCGGGAGGAUGACCAGUUGGUUAUUUACAAAGCGUGGAGGAGCUGAAUCUGGGACAACCAAACACAAAUCCAUCUAGUGGCAGGGAGGGGGCUUUGAACUCGGGAACCUCAGGAUCACAAAUACAGUGCUCUUAACCAUUGGGCCACGCUGUCUCCUGCAGAAGGUUCUCCCACAGUGAUUUUUCACUGAUUAUAUUCCGCCCUAAUCAAUUUGAACAUUAAGACUGCUUUAGAGUUACUGUUCUUAAAUGUACAGUAUGCCUUCAAAUCCUAGAACUGCAUUCAAUUUAAUAUGACGUUAAUAUAUAUGAACUGUAAAAGUUUUAUCCAUCAGUCAUUUAUAUUUUUCCCUAUUAUCUAAACGCAAACUUUAAAUGGAUCAGCAUUAAGUAAUUUUCAACUGACAACAUGCAAUAUUUUGAAUUGUCAACCUUCAAAGCCUUGUCUUACAAAGAUGUCGUCCGGGGGGGGGGUACUCUACAAAGUUCUAUGCGGAGAGGCUCUGCCCAGAGGUCCAAACCCCUAGCCUUUUGUAUACCAUUUCGGCGACAGAAAGCUAACCCUUUCAUUGAAGGUCCUACCUUUCAUUGAAAAAAGGUAUCCCUAUCACCUAGCUGCUUAACUAUGAACAUUGCACUGAUCUCUUUUCUAAACCCUUAAAAUUCAGUUAAUGAUAUAGCCAUAAGGUAUCUAAAUGACAGAUUUCCCCACCCUUUCAUAUACCUCAGCUUGCAAAAUCCCUUCCCUUUUAUAUACCUGAGGCCUGAAAAGGUACCUCUUUCCGGCGGAGCCGCCCCGGCCGUAUAAACCAUUACAGGGAGUACCCCACGGGAUGCAGUUCCAAAUGUAUUUUUAAAAACAUGCUCUCAACCCUCACUAAGUACAAUAUCAUUGAGAUCUGAUAUUUUGAUAUAUCAACCGUCAAAUUUCUUCCUAUUUCAC